AUGGCAGCUGCAGUCUUGGGAAGCUGCUCUGGGCCCGGCUGCAUCCUCAUCAUCUGGAAGCUGCUGUGGGUCCAGAGAGUCUUCCAGUUGCCACUGCCAUGGCCAGGCCCGGAGAAGCUCCCAGAUGCUGAUGUGAACGCCAAGGCUGACAAGCGGCCAGCGACAGUGCCAACUGUGUGCAGCUGGAUGCAGUACUGCAUGAGGUGGUCCAUUGAUAUUGGCCAGGCUGGCUGCAGCUGCUCCUUCGGCCUCAAACAGCCAGAAACCCCUGGCAUAGCUCCUUCGGGUUUGUUUCCAGCAGUGCUAAACUUGGCUUCUAAUGCACUCAUCACAACGAAUGCUACCUGUGGUCAAAAAGGUCCUGAAAUGUACUGCAAGUUGGUGGAACAUGUACCUGGACAACCUGUGAAAAACCCUCAGUGUCGGAUUUGUGACCACCACAGUAGGAUUCCAAACUUGCGGCAUCCAAUAACAAAUGCAAUUGAUGGCAAGAAUACCUGGUGGCAAAGUCCUAGCAUUCAAAAUGGGAUGGAAUACCAUUAUGUGACCAUCACACUAGACCUGCGACAGGUGUUCCAGAUUGCCUAUGUCAUUGUAAAAUCAGCUAAUGCACCAAGACCUGGAAACUGGAUUUUGGAACGUUCGUUGGAUGGUAUCAACUAUCAACCCUGGCAGUACCAUGCUAUCACAGACACAGAAUGUCUGACUCGCUACAACAUUACUCCUCGUACUGGAAAUCCAUCAUAUACAAAAGAUGAUGACGUUAUAUGCACCUCAUAUUACUCCAAGAUCCAUCCACUGGAGAAUGGUGAGAUUCAUACGUCUUUGAUCAAUGGACGACCAAGUGCAGAUGACCCUUCUCCAGCACUGUUAGAAUUUACCUCUGCUCGCUAUAUUCGUCUGAGAUUUCAGAGGAUACGGACGCUGAAUGCUGAUUUAAUGAUGCUUGCCCACAGAGAUCCCAGAGAAGUCGAUUCAAUAGUUACAAGGAGGUAUUAUUAUUCUGUUAAAGAUAUCUCCAUCGGUGGAAUGUGCAUCUGUUAUGGCCAUGCAAGGGCAUGCCCACUGAAUCCAACUACUAAUAGAUCAUCUUGUGCAUGUGAACACAACACAUGUGGAGAAAGCUGUAAUCGGUGCUGCCCUGGAUUUAAUCAGAAGCCUUGGCGAGCUGGGACCUUCCUUGUGAAGCAUGAGUGUGAAGCAUGCAAUUGUCAUGGGAAGGCUGAAGAAUGCUACUAUGAUCAGACUGUCGCAGACAAAAAGCAGAGUCUGAAUAUCCAUGGGGAAUACAUCGGGGGUGGAGUGUGCAUUAACUGCACACAAAACACUGGAGGCAUCAAUUGUGAAACCUGCAUUGAUGGAUACUUCAGGCCCAACGGGGUUCUGCCUCGUGACCGCAACCCAUGCCGACAGUGUCACUGUGAUUCCAUUGGCUGUUUAAAUGGCGCUUGUGUGAAGGACGAGAAAGAGGCUUCAGGAGACCUGCUCCCUGGAUUUUGCCACUGUAAACCUGGCUACAUAGGAGAGAGGUGUGACAGAUGCUCAUUGGGUUACAAGGGCUACCCUCACUGUGCACCCUGUAACUGUUCUCUGAAAGGCAGUUUAAAUGAUGACCCUUGCCUAGGACCGUGCAUCUGCAAGGAUCAUGUUGAAGGAGAGAACUGUGAUCGUUGUAAACCAGGCUUCUUUAACCUGCAGCAAGACAACACUAGGGGCUGUGAAGAAUGUUUCUGCUCAGGAGUAACAAAUGAAUGUGUGGGCUCUCACUGGACCUACAACACUAUUGGGAGCAUGACCAGCUGGUACCUGACAGAUGUACCUGGUCUUGCUCGAAUUACUCCUCAGCAGGACAGCUUUGAUGGACCCAAGCAGCUUAGCAUCAACAAUGUGGCUGCCAGGAGUGUAUUGCCACUGAUUUAUUAUUGGAGUGCCCCCAGUCCUUACUUGGGCGACAAAAUAACAGCUGCUGGAGGCCUUCUGAAAUUUACCAUUUCAUAUGAUCUCACUGGUGAAGAAGAUGGUGAAGCGAUGCUUCAGCCUGAUGUCAUCAUAGAGGGAAGUGGCUUGAGAAUCAGUACAUCGCAAGAGGGAAUUCAUCUGAAUCCAUUUGAAGAACACACUGAAGAAGUCCUACUGAAGCAUGAUUUAUUUAUGUUGCAUGGUACUGACUCGCUGAUCAGCAAAAAGGAAUUCAUGACUGUGCUGGCAAAUAUAAAGAGGCUUCUUAUAAGAGCCACAUACAGCUAUGGGAUGAAUGCCAUCUACAGGUUGAGUGGUGUCAGCCUGGAAGCUGCUGAUCACUUUUCAACUGGGCAAAAAUAUGCAUCUGCUGUAGAAGUUUGCCAGUGUCCAUCAGGUUAUUCUGGUACCUCCUGUGAAGACUGCACACACAACACAGGUGGCCCAUACUGUGACAGAUGUCUUCCUGGUUUCUAUGGAGAUGCUUCUAGAGGGAAACCUGAUGACUGUCAACUGUGUGCCUGUCCAUUGAGUAUCCCCUCAAACAAUUUCAGCCCAACAUGCCAUUUGGAGCGAAGUCAUGGAUUAAUAUGUGAUGAAUGCCCCCGUGGGUAUUCAGGCUCACGCUGUGAGAGGUGUGCAGAAGGCUAUUUUGGACAACCUUUAAUACCAGGGUCAUCGUGCCAGCCCUGCCAAUGCAAUGACAACCUCGACUUCUCCAUUCGUGGCAGCUGUGACAGCUUGUCUGGGGCUUGUCUGAUAUGUAAGCCAGGUACAACAGGACAAUACUGUGAGAAGUGCGCUGAUGGGUAUUUCGGAGAUGCUCUUGAUGCAAGGAACUGUCAACCUUGCCACUGCAACAUCAAUGGCUCAUUCUCAGAAAUCUGCAAUUUGCAGACUGGACAGUGUGAUUGCAAGCCCAGCGUUGUAGGGCGUCGAUGUGAUGAGUGUAAGCCUGGGACCUUUGGCGUACAUUUAUCCAGAGGCUGUGUUCCUUGCAACUGCAACUCAUUUGGAUCUAAAUCUUUUGACUGUGAUGAGACUGGACAGUGCCGUUGCCAACCAGGUGUUGCCGGAAAGAAGUGUGACCGCUGUGCUCAUGGAUUUUAUGGCUUCGAUGAAGGAGGAUGCACCCCUUGUGAGUGUGCCCAUCUUGGUAAUAACUGUGACGCACACACUGGUCGUUGUAUCUGCCCUCCCAAUACUGUUGGACAGAGGUGUGAUAAAUGUGCUCCAAACUACUGGGGUCAUGACAUGGUCAGUGGGUGCAAGGCCUGUGAUUGCAGUGUGGCCGGAUCCCUCAGUUUACAGUGUAACCCGGAUACUGGCUGCUGUUUCUGCCGCCCAGAGUUCUCUGGGGAUAAAUGCACCGAAUGUAGGCUGGGAUAUCGAAAUUACCCACAAUGCAUUGCCUGUGAAUGCCUGACAGCAGGGACUGAGCAACGUACUUGUGAUUCAGAAAUGGAAAAAUGCUCAUGUGCUGAUCAUACAGGACAAUGCACCUGUAAGGUGAACGUGGAAGGUAUCUACUGUGACAGGUGCAAACCAGGCAGGUUUGGACUCUAUGCCAGGAAUCCACUCGGCUGCAGCAGCUGCUACUGCUUUGGUCUGACAUCCCAGUGCAGUGAGGCACAGGGGCUGGUCCGCGUGUGGUUGACCCUGAAGCCAGAUCAGGUAAUCCUUCCUCUGGUAGACGAAAAUGUCCAGCACCGAACUGUACAAGGGAUUGAAUACCAACAUCCAGAGACGGUUGCAGAUGUUGAAUUAGUGAUGAAGGAGCUACUCUCAGAACCAUUUUAUUGGAGACUUCCGGAACAGUUUGAAGGACAGAAGCUGACUGCCUAUGGGGGAAAGCUGAAAUAUGCUAUCUACUUUGAAGCACGAGAAGAAACUGGAUUUGCAACCUAUAACCCCCAGGUUAUAAUCAGAGGUGGGCUUCCCACACACACUAGAAUGAUUGUCAGGCAUGUAGCUGCUCCUUUGAUUGGUCAGUUGACAAGGCAUGAUAUCGAAAUGACAGAGCAUGAAUGGAAAUAUUAUGGUGAUGACCCCAGGGUCACUAGAACUGUGACCCGUGAGGACUUCAUGAAUGUCCUGUACAAUGUUCAUUAUAUACUUAUUAAGGCUAGUCAUGGGAGCUUCAUGAGGAAAAGCAGAAUAUCUGAGAUCUCCAUGGAGGUUGCAGAGGAAGGAAAUGUAUCAGGAGGAAGGACUCGUGCACAAUUGAUUGAGAAAUGUGACUGCCCUUUGGGUUAUUCUGGCUUGUCAUGUGAGGCAUGCUCCCCAGGUUCUUAUAGAGACACCUCCACAUCAACUGGCAGAAGACCAGGUCCUGCUUUAGGUUCCUGUGUACCAUGCCAGUGUCAUGGGCAUAGUGACAUGUGUGAUCCUGAAACCUCCAUAUGUCAGAACUGCCGUCAUAACACCAGCGGUGACCACUGUGAAAGGUGUGCUGUUGGGUUCUAUGGGGUUGUUAAGGGCUCUCCUGGUGACUGCCGGCCCUGUGCGUGCCCUUUGCCUAUUUCCAGCAACAAUUUUAGUCCCUCAUGUGUCUUAGAAGGAGUCAAUGAUUACCGAUGUACUGCUUGCCCAAUUGGAUAUGAAGGACAGUAUUGUGAAAGGUGUUCCUCUGGUUAUACGGGGAAUCCAAGAAUUCCAGGUGGAUCUUGUCAAGAAUGUGAGUGUAAUCCGUAUGGUUCCCUGCCUAUUCCUUGUGAUCCCGUCACUGGACAGUGCAUGUGCAAACCUGGAUCUACUGGCUGGAAGUGUGCAGGCUGUGAACCCCGACAUGCUCGUGAAGGCAUAGCAUGCGUGUCAUGUGAUGAUGAGUGCACUGGAGUACUUCUCCGUGACUUGGAUCAGCUAAACCAGAUGGCCUUGAGUGUCAAUUUCAGUGGCCCACUUCAGCCCCCAUAUAGAAUGCUCUAUUCUUUUGAAAAUGCAACUCAGGAAUUAAAGCAUUUAUUGUCACCACAACGAGCACCAGAGAGACUCGUCCAGUUGGCACAGAAGAACUUGGAUGCCCUUGUGACAGAAAUGGAUGAGCUUUUGACUAGGACGACCAAGGUGACAGCGGAUGGGGAGCAAACCGGACAAGAUGCAGAGAGGACUAAUGAGAGAGCAAAGAGGCUUGGACAGUUCAUCAAGGGCACCCUUCAGGCUGCAGAAGCUGCAAAUGAAACUGCUUUAAAACUGAAUGAGACACUUGGAACCCCUGACAAGACCUUGGAGAAAAGUCUUCAGGAAUUACAGAGUGAUGUUGACAAAAUGAUGGCAGAGCUCAGAAGAAGAAAACUGCAAGUGCAAGAGGAAGCAGCCCAAGAUGAAUUAGAAGAAGCAGAAGCCCUCUUGAAGAGAGUGAGUAAAUUGUUUGGAGAGCCUAGGAAGAAAACAGAAGAGCUCAAAAAUGAAGUCAGAGACAAGCUGGCAGACUACCAAGACAAAGCUGAUGAUGCUUUGGACCUGCUGAGAGAAGCAACCAGUAAAAUUAGAGAGGCAGAUAGAUUGUCUGCAAUCAACCAAAGAAACAUAACAGCAGUGGAUAAAAAGAAACAAGUUGUAGAAGAUGGAAGACAGGAGGCUGAAAAUACUAUAAAAGAAGGGAAUGACAUCCUUAAUGAGGCUAAUAACCUUGCAAAUGGAAUCAAUUUAGCCAUAGAGUAUGUGGAUGAUGUUCAGGACAAAAUAGGUCCAUUGUCUGAUGAGCUAAAGGAUAAAAUAGAUGAUCUGUCUCAAGACAUCAAAGAUAGGAGACUUCCAGAAAAGGUGUUGGAGGCAGAGAAUCGUGCAGCACAACUGAAUGAUUCAUCUGCGAUACUGGAUGGGAUCCUCGAUGAAGCUAAAAACCUCUCAUUCAAUGCUACAGUAGCUUUUAAGGCCUACAGCAACAUCAAGGACUUUAUUGAUGAAGCUGAUGGAAUUGCCAAAGGAGCUAAAGCUCGUGCCAAUGAAGCUAUACGACUGGCAUCUGGUCCAGAAGGAUCACUAAAGGACAGGGCCAAGAGUGCUCUGCAGAAAAGCUUCAGAGUUCUUAAUGAUGCGAACAGGCAAGCAAAUGAAAUUAAAGAAAAUGGGGAUAAUCUAAAAGGCAUGCAAAAAAGGCUGAAAGAUGCUGAGGAAAAGAACUCCGAUCUCCUGAGAGCUUUGAAUGAUACAUUGGGGAAACUGUCAGCAAUUCCUAAUGAUACAGCAGCCAAGGUGCAAGCAGUCAAGGACAAAGCUAAGCAAGCUAAUGAUACCGCAAACGAUGUACUGGCCAGGAUCAGAGAUCUCAGCAAAAAUCUCCUUGGUGUAAAAGACAACUACAAAAAACUUGCAGAUGAUGUGACCAAAACAAAUGCUGCCAUGAAAGAUCCCACCAAAAACAUUGCUAAUGCAGAUGACACUGUUAAAAAUCUGGAAAAGGAAGCAGAUCGGCUGAUGGAUAAACUGAAACCAAUUAAACAACUUCAGGAUAAUUUGGGGAAAAACAUCUCUCAAAUCAAAGAACUGAUAAAUCAAGCGAGGAAGCAAGCCAAUUCUAUUAAAGUUUCUGUGUCUUCUGGAGGCAACUGCAUUCGCACAUACAAGCCAGAGAUAAAGAAAGGAAGCUAUAACACUGUCGUUCUCAAUGUAAAGACAACAGUUGCAGACAAUCUACUUUUUUAUCUUGGAAGUAACAGAUUUACUGACUUUUUGGCCAUAGAAAUGCGUAAAAGCAAAGUGGAUUUCUUGUGGGAUGUGGGAUCUGGUGUCGGGCGCAUUGAAUAUCCAGAUUUGACAAUAGAUGAUGGAUUUUGGUACCGAGUUGAAGCUUCAAGGACUGGACGAAAUGGAACAAUUUCAGUGAGGGCACUGGAAGGUCCUAAAGCCAGCAUUGUACCCAGCACCUUCAGUGCAAUUUCACCACCUGGUUAUACCAUCCUGGAUGUGGAUGCAAAUGCCAUGUUGUUUGUUGGAGGGCUGACUGGAAAAAUAAAGAAAUCUGAUGCUGUGAGAAUCACUACUUUUACUGGCUGUAUGGGGGAGACUUAUUUAGACAGCAAACCAAUAGGACUGUGGAAUUUCAGGGAUAUUGAAGGAGAAUGUAAAGGAUGUGCUGUCAGUCCACAGGUGGCAGACAGUGAGGGAACUGUUCAGUUUGAUGGAGAGGGGUAUGCCAUGGUGAGCCGCCCAAUAAGAUGGAAUCCAAAUAUCUCCAUGGUCAUGUUCAACUUCAAGACGUUCUCUUCCACUUCUCUUCUAAUGUACCUGGCUACACAAGAUUUGAAAGAUUUCAUGAGCAUAGAGCUCAGUGAUGGGCGUAUUAAAGUCAGUUACGAUCUAGGUUCAGGAACAGCUUCUGUUAUCGGCAACCAGAACCACAAUGAUGGGAAAUGGAAAUCAUUCACCUUGUCAAGAAUUCUAAAACAAGCAAACAUAUCCAUUGUAGACACCGACUCAAAUCAGGAAGAGAUCAUAUCAACAACUUCUACAGGGAAACACUUUGGCCUCAACUUGAAAGCCAGUGAACCAAUAUAUUUUGGUGGAUUGCCAACACUGAGAAAUCUAAGGCCUGAAGUAAAUUUAAAGAAAUACUCGGGCUGCCUCAAAGAUAUUGAAAUUUCACGGACACCAUACAAUCUUCUAAGCAGUCCUGACUAUGUCGGCAUUACCAAAGGAUGUACACUAGAGAAUGUAUACACAGUCAGCUUCCCUAAGCCCGGCUUUGUGGAGCUGCCACCUAUUUCGCUUGAUGUGGGAACAGAAAUCAACUUGUCUUUCAGCACUAGGAAUGAAUCUGGCAUUAUACUCUUUGGUACUAAUGGGCCCCCUGUAACCCCAAGAAGGAAACGCAGGCAGACUGGGCAGGUCUAUUAUGCUGUGUUUCUAAAUAGAGGUCGACUAGAAGUGCACAUCUCUACAGGGACAAAGGACCCUCGCAGACUAACCAUCAAACCUGAAUCUGGCGAGUUUCAUGAUGGCCGAGAACAUUCUAUCCGGAUAGAAAGACUUGGAGGGCUGUUUGCUAUACAAGUAGAUGAAGACAGAAGCCAGUUUCAGAGACUCCAAACAGACCAACCUAUUUCUGUUAAGAAGCUUUUUGUGGGAGGGACACCAUCUGAGUUUCACACAGCCCCUAUCAGGAACAUUCCUCCCUUUGAAGGAUGUAUAUGGAAUCUUGUCAUCAAUGCUGUUCCAAUGGACUUCGCCCAGCCAGUGUCAUUUCAAAAUGCAGAUAUUGGCCGGUGUCCUGAUCUAGGACCACUGCCUGAAAAAGAGGAAGAUAAAAUUUCCCGCACAACAGACUUGAUCCAUCCAGAAACAGAUGCUAAGGAGAAGAAAGAAAUUGCAACUCCUCCACCUCUACCACCCUUACCAUCUUCACAUGAUUUGCUUGCUGCUGAAGUGAAGAGCGCCCACAAUUCAGCUGCCUUUGAUGCCCUGACGGAAUUUUGUACUGCUGAUAGGGAGCCAAUUACCUUAGAGGAUGGAAAGCAGUUUGGUCUCUCAAGGAACAGCCACAUUGCCAUUGCAUUUGAUGACACCAAAGUAAAGAAUCGACUCACAAUUGAAUUUGAGAUCAGAACAAAUGCUGAAUUUGGCUUGCUUUUUUAUAUGGCCCGGAUCAACCAUGCUGAUUUUGCCACUGUUCAGAUACAGAAUGGUUUUCCAUACUUCAAAUAUGACCUGGGAAGUGGGAACACCAGCACAAUGAUUCCCAACAAAAUAAAUGAUGGUCAAUGGCACAAGAUAAAUAUAAUCCGAUCCAGACAAGAAGGUAUCCUUGUAGUAGAUGAUGCCAGAAACAGCACAACUAGCCCAAAGAAAGCUGAUAUUUUGGAUGUUGUGGGGAUGCUGUAUGUUGGAGGAUUGCCCAUUAACUAUACAACUAGAAGAAUUGGUCCAGUUGUCUAUAGCAUUGAUGGCUGUAUCCGAAAUUUUCAAAUGACAGAGUCGCCUGUUAAACUGAAUAAUCCUACCUCUAGUUAUAAUGUUGGAAAGUGCUUUACCAAUGCACAGGAAGGAACAUAUUUUGACGGAACAGGGUUUGCCAAAACAGUUGGAGCAUAUAAAGUGGGGACAGAUUUGCGAGUGGAAUUUGAGUUCCGUACGGCUCGAACAAAUGGUGUUCUGUUGGGAAUCAGCAGCCAAAAAAUGGAUGGACUUGGCAUCGAGCUGAUAGAUGAAAAAGUGAUGUUCCACGUGGAUAAUGGUGCAGGUCGAUUCUCUGCCAUCUAUGAACCUGCUGUUGUUGGUAGCUUGUGUGAUGGAAACUGGCACAAAAUUAUUGCAAACAAGAUAAAGCACCGUUUAGUACUGUCAGUGGAUGGGUACCAAGUAGAAGGCAUCAGUCCAAAUGCAGCCUCUACCUCAGCAGAUACUAAUGAUCCUGUCUUUGUUGGAGGAUAUCCUGAUGGCCUGAAUCAGUUUGGCUUGACCACCAACAUCCGUUUCAGAGGAUGCAUUCGAUCCUUGACCCUCACGAAAGGGACUGCCAAGGCUCUAGAAAUUAACUUCAGCAAAGCCUUGGAGAUCAAGGGAGUUCAAUCUCUAUCGUGCCCUGCAAAUUAACAGCACAUCGUCCAUCUCAGAUAUGGGUCUGGCCAGUUAAAAA